AUGCCAGAAAUCCAAUUGCCACCCCUAUUCAUUAAAAUUGAGCAGUCCCUGCCAUAUAUCAUUUCGCCUAUCCUUCUCUUCUCACUUGUAUUACCGUUGUUCAUCAAUAUCGACAAAUCAAAUGCACAUAGCAUACUUUUGUCCCAGAUAUCCUUUAGCGGAUACUUUUGCUACUAUUUCUAUCGACAACCAAAUACGCCACACCGUUGUUCGUCAUUAGAAGCGCUAGUGGAGAAAGCAAACUGA